AUGGCCUCCGUCACCUCCUUAGAUAAGGACUUGCGCAGCCUGCGCCUGUCCCGCUAUACCCCGCAAGCCGCCGCCGAGGUCCGCUCAUGGAUUGAAGAAGUGUUGCGCGAAAGCCUACCACCUGGUGAUCUUCUCGAAGCUCUGAAAGAUGGCGUUGCGCUCUGCAGACUUCUUAACCUUGCGGUUUCCCCUGGCGUUAAAUACAAACAGUCAAGGAUGCCAUUCGUUCAGAUGGAAAACAUAUCACAUUUUCUACGCGCCAGUCAGCUUCCGCCUCUCAGCCUGCCGCCCCACGAUGUAUUUCUUACCGUCGAUCUCUACGAGGCGAAGGACCCUGCACAAGUCCUCCAGUGUAUCUCGGCCUUCAGCCGCAGAGCAAACGCUGUUGAGCCCGGUAAAUUCCCGCGCGCAAUUGGAACACAAAGUAAAACCGGUACCUUGAGCCCGUCUUUGACUGGGUCUAGUCAGGGCCUUCGCACGCCUACAAGACCCCGGGGAGUCAGUGACGCCAACUCGAGCACCUCCGGCCGCUCAAGUCCCACAAAGUCCCCCCAGGCGGUCAGCAGCUGGAGUAAAAGGUCAGAUCAACACGUAACACAGCCGGCUUGGAACAUCCAUCAAUAUGGUUACAUGGGAGGUGCUAGUCAAGCAAACCAAGGUGUCGCAUUCGGUGCCCGCCGACAGAUCACAACCGCUGCCCCGCACGUGCCGAGUGUAGCGGAGAAAGAAAAGCGCAGGCGAGAAGUAGAAGACCGACAGCGACUCGAACAGGAGGAAGCAGAGCGUGUUCGCCGACUAGAGCGCGAGGUGCAGGAAGCGCGUGCUCGGGAGGAGGAAGAGCGCCGCUGGGCUGAAGAAACCAGUCGUGUGAGGGAGAAGGAGCGGCAAGAAGUUGAGCGGGAGCGGAGACGCUGGGAUGAGGAACAGCGACAGUGGGAGCAGGAGGAGCAACAACGGCAGCGUGAGGAGCGAGAAGAAGAGGAGAGAUUCGAGAAGGAGAGACAACGGCGCCGAGAAAACAACGAUGUUCGUUUAACUGGCCAGUUCCUUAGCCAAUACCAGGCCGAUCAAGCCGGCGCGAACCAAGACACAUCUGUUGAAUCACAAGAGAGCCAGCGCAUCAAAGAGCUGGAACGUGAACUGGAACUUGCAAAGGAGAGAGAGCACCAAUAUCAACGCGAACGUGAAGCAUUCAAGGAGGAGAAAAAGCCCGCUGAGACCAAGCGCCCAGUCCCCGUGCCUCCUAAGCCAAGCUACGACCUCUCGUCUCUCGAGCAGGAGCGACGCCUCCUCCGCGGUGAAUGGCAACGGAAUCAGGAACCAGAGCCGGUUGAAGAAGAAGCUCCGCCACCUAUGCCUCGUCGACCCCUUCCUGACCCAGAACCUACUGCAGAAGCAGAAGCACCUCCACCUAUGCCCCGUCGACCUCUUCCUGAGCCAGUUGCUGAAGUCGAAACACACCCACCCAUGCCGCGUCGACCCCUCCCUGAUCCUACUGCCGCUCAACCGCCAAAACCACAGACAUCAGAAAACCGGCUCGACCACUUCUUAGCAUCAAACCCGGCACCUGUUGCUCCCAAGCCCGCUGCGCACCGUUUCCAGGACUACACUACGACAUCUGAAGUCGACGCCGAGAACAACCGCCGCAUCGCAUCUCAACAGAAGACUCGCGCUGGCGGGUGGGCAUCCAAAUCCCUUCUAGAACGUGAAAUGGAACGCGAGCGUGAACGCCAAAGAGAAUGGGAAGAGGGCCAAAAGCAGACUCAGGAGGCUGCGGCGCGAGGCGUCAAUGAUCCUUCGCUCAACGCAGGCCCUGGUGGCGCAUGGGAUGUACACCAGUACGGUUUUAUGGGUGGUGACAACCAAAACAGAGGCGGGCUUGGACUGGGCGUUGGAGGCGCGAGGCGCCAGAUUAUCGGACCCCGACCCCCGCCAUAA